AUAAAUUGACAUUUAGGUGCUGGUGGUAGACUUCCAACCUUGGUAUCCUAUUUACAAAUUACAAUUAUAAUGGAAGAAGUGCAGCUGCUUGGAUUUUGGCCUAGCCCCUUUAGCUAUAGAGUGAUAUGGGCUCUGAAGCUGAAGGGUGUGAAAUAUGAGUACAUAGAAGAGAACCUGCGCAACAAGAGUGAUAGGCUACUGCAGUACAACCCAGUUCACAAAAAGAUUCCGGUUCUUGUUCAUGGUGGCAAACCUAUAGCUGAGUCCCUUGUUAUCCUUGAAUAUAUCGAAGAAACUUGGCCUCAGAACCCUUUGCUGCCAAAGGAUUCUUAUGAAAGGGCAUUAGCUCGGUUCUGGAUUAAAUUUGGAGCAGAUAAGGGUCCUAUUUUCUCUGCAUUUUUCCGAUCUACAAAAGAGGAGCUUGAUCAGAAUGCAAUAAAAGAAAUAGCGGAAUAUCUGAAAAUCUUGGAAGAGCAAGCUCUAGGGGACAAAAAGUUUUUUGGUGGCGACAAUAUAGGAUUAGUAGACAUAGCAUAUGGAUGGCUGUGUCACUGGUUUAUAGGCAUGGAAGAAAUGGGAGGAGUUAAACUGCUAGUACCAAGUACUGUGCCUCGCUUGCAUGCAUGGGCUGAGAAUUUCAAGCAACUUCCUACAAUCCAAGAGAACCUACCUGACUAUACAAAGUUGUUGGCACAUUUUAAAUCAUUGAGGGAGAAAACUACUGGCUAUGAUGCCCGCUAGCUGCUUGCUUGAAUCUUAUUUUAUCAGAAUCCUAAACAGAGAAAAUAUGUUUCUCGAUUAAAAUUUGAAAGUGUAUAAGGUGUCAUGUCAUUUAAAUAUUUAAAUAACGUGACACUACUGGUGCAUUUGUUUCCAA